GAUAAAGCGCGUGACUCCAAGCGAGUGAGCUUACGCAAUUCUCGCGACCUGUGUGCGACUGACUCUUCCCCCUUAGGGUUUUCGUCUAUUGCAAAAUCAACACCGAUCUCCACUCUUUCAAUCUCAAUCCACCUUCGAUUUUGGCGUUUAACAUCACCUCCGACCCUAAAACCCUAGAGAAACCCUAAUCGGAAUGUCAUCCGAUCACAUGCCAGGAGGAGUAGGUGGAGGAGGAGCUUCGAAGACGAAGAAGAAGAAGAAUCACCACAACAACAGCAACAACAAGCUGAGCCAGAACCGAUCCAAACCAACGUCGAUCCCUAGACCAAACCGACCGGUUCCUCUCCCACUCGCAUCUCCCUCGAACUCCUUCGCCUCGGAGGAAGAGGACUACCCCAUGCUCAAGGUCAGCCUGAGCUCAAUCUCCAAGCUCGAAGUCCGAAACUUGAAACGGAAACUAACCGCCGAGCUGGACGACGUCAGGAGCUUGAUCGCACGGUUCUUCGAUCCCCACAAGAAGACGAAAACAGGUCAUAACAACAAGAAAGGCACGGCUCAGAUUUUCAAGAGCUGCAACGCUCUGCUUUCCAAGCUGAUGAAGCAUAAGGACGGGUGGGUGUUCAAUGUCCCCGUUGACGCUAAAGGACUCGGCUUGCAUGAUUACCACGCUAUUGUGAAAGAGCCUAUGGAUUUGGGGACGGUGAAGGGUAAGCUAGGGGACGGUUCGUAUGAGUCUCCGUUGGAUUUCGCCGAAGAUGUGAGGCUUACUUUCAACAAUGCGAUUUUGUAUAACCCUGUUGGGCACGAGGUUCAUAGUAUGGCGAAGUUUCUGUUGAACAUGUUUGAAGAGAAGUGGGUUUCUAUUGAGGCUCAGUUUGAUAAUCUGAAUAGGAAGGUUAAACCGACUCGCGAUGUUGCUGCCGCCUUCUCUCGUCCUGUUGUUGUUGCUCCUCCUGUUGUGGAGGCGUUACCAGCUCCUACACCUCCUCCACUUCCGGCUACAACAGUGUUUGAAGAUAGGACGUUGGAGAGAGCGGAAUCUAUGACAACGCCGGUGGAGCAACCUGAGACUGUCACUACUGCUACUACGCUGGAGAAGCCUGAAGAGGAAGAGGAGGAGGCGGGUGUUAAUAAUGUUAGGGACCUGACGAUGGAUGAGAAGCGGAGACUCAGUGAAGAGCUUCAGGACUUGCCUUAUGACAAGCUAGAGACGGUGGUUCAGAUUAUUAAGAAGAGUAAUCCGGAACUUUCGCAGCAAGAUGAUGAGAUCGAGCUGGAUAUUGAUAGUGUUGACGUCCAAACGCUUUGGGAGCUUUAUAGAUUUGUGAUUGGGUAUAAGGAGAGCUUGAGCAAUAAAAAGGAGGAUCAGGGGUUUGGUUCUGAAAGAGAUGCUGAAUCUGUUCACAAUAGUAUCCAAGAACCUACCACUCUAGCAACUGGGACUGAAACAUCGAGAGCUAAUAAAUCAGGAAAAGCGAUUCGCAUGUCAUCUCCUGGUCGGCAAUCAAGUAGUUCUAAUAGUUCUAGCAGUGACACAGGGUCUGGCUCUAGUGAUUCUGACAGUGACAGUUCCUCCGGACAUGGGUCAGAUACGGGUAACUAGAGCUGAAAAGUGUUUAGCUUUAGAGUCAGAGCUGUCAUGUUGUUUGUUUACCCAUCUCUUUCAAUAGCACACUCUAGAUUUUUUUCUACUUCGACGACUUUUACUAGUCUGGAUUGUUUUCUGUAUUAGGUUUUUGUUACUGUACAGAAAAAAUGAACAACUGUUAGAUGUCAUCGUCUCUUAUCAUUGAUCUAAUAAACUUGAUUGCUCCUUGUGUCUUAA